AUGGCCAUCUUCGUCGCUGACCUUAGAUCAAACUCACUGACCACGACAAUGCUCUCUUCCCCGUCUCCCUUGCCCCAGCGAUCCUCUCCCUCAGCGCCUCCUUCGGCGUCACUGUUGCCGGCGAAGCCACGGCCGGCGCCGACAACGACAUCCCUCACGGGCUUCUUCUCGAUCGAGGCUUCCUAUCGCCGAUCCCUUGAGCUUCCCAUCACCGACAAGCUCGAAGCCCUUCGCGAAGAGAACGCUAAGCUCCACAUCGUUAAGAACGACUUCACCAAACUCCUCUCCAAAAUCCCCAUCACUGUAGGUACACCUCAAUUCAUGCCUCCGAUUUCAACUUUGCCCUUAUCUUACAUCUCAUUCUUGAAGAAGCUGAGGAAGCUGGUGGCCGCCCAAACGGGAAUGAGGGCAGACAAAAUCCACAUCCAAAAGUGUUACAACAUCUACAAGGACCAUAUCACUCUCAAGGACUACGAGAUUCAUGACGACAUGGGCCUCAAGCUCUACUACAAUUGA